CGAUAUUCGUGAAGGCAGCAACAGCAGCCUCCAUGACGCCCGUCAUCGUGUUAUUUUUGUCCUCCGUUCGCCGCCAUUGCUACCAUAUUACGAACAUAUUUCAGCAGCUGCGUGUGGGGAAUGUGACACAUUUAACUGAUUUGUUUUGUAUGUAAUGUGUAGCGUUUACCGCCGGGAAAGUGCCCCAACUAUUACAUGGAGUCAACAUAGCUUACUUCUGUUGAAAUUACACAACGUUAGCAGAGACAAUAAGCUACAUUUGUAAAGUAGCUAGACGGCGGCUGCUGCGAAUCAUUCAGUGUCUUCUUGCCUUCUGGUUAUCUAGUUGUCACCCAGAGGUUAUUUGUAGACGCUUUCAAGAUGUCGCUAACGUUACACGGUAAACGUAAAGAAAUCUACAAAUAUGAGGCGCCGUGGACAGUUUACGCCACGAACUGGAGUGUCCGACCGGAUAAACGCUUCCGGCUGGCGCUCGGUAGCUUUGUGGAGGAGUACAACAACAAGGUUCAGAUAGUUGGUCUGGAGGAGGAGAGCUCAGAGUUUGUGUGCCGAAACACUUUCGACCAUCCCUACCCCACCACCAAGGUCAUGUGGAUUCCUGACACUAAAGGAGCGUACCCUGAUCUGCUGGCCACCAGCGGGGACUACCUGAGAAUCUGGAGGGUGAGCGAUACAGAGACCCGUCUGGAGUGUCUGCUCAAUAAUAACAAGAACUCUGACUUCUGUGCACCACUCACAUCCUUUGACUGGAACGAGGUGGACCCAAACUUGCUAGGUACUUCUAGUAUCGACACCACCUGUACCAUCUGGGGGCUGGAGACCGGACAAGUGCUGGGCAGGGUCAACUUAGUGUCCGGUCAUGUCAAGACGCAGCUCAUUGCCCAUGACAAAGAGGUGUAUGACAUCUCUUUCAGUCGAGCCGGCGGUGGCAGGGAUAUGUUUGCCUCAGUGGGAGCGGAUGGCUCAGUUCGCAUGUUUGAUCUCCGUCACCUGGAACACAGCACUAUCAUCUAUGAAGACCCCCAGCACCACCCACUGCUCCGGCUCUGCUGGAACAAGCAAGACCCCAACUACCUGGUCACCAUGGCGAUGGACAGCAUGGAGGUGGUGAUCUUAGACGUGCGUGUGCCCUGUACUCCAGUGGCCAGACUCAACAACCACAGGGCCUGUGUCAAUGGAAUCGCCUGGGCGCCGCACUCCUCCUGUCACAUCUGUACUACAGCGGAGGACCACCAGGCUCUAAUCUGGGACAUCCAGCAGAUGCCGCGGGCCAUUGAGGACCCUAUACUGGCCUAUACAGCUGAGGGAGAGAUCAAUAAUGUCCAGUGGGCUUCCACCCAGCCCGACUGGAUCGCUAUCUGCUAUAACAACUGCCUGGAAAUCCUCCGAGUCUGAGCGGCAGUCAUGAAGAAAUAAAGCAACUCAAAAACAUUCUCAGUUGGAUUUACAAGCUGACAUGACUUUGUUGAAGGGAAUUCUUUGUUUAAUAAGGACACAGUAUCAUUCAUUUCAUGCUCGUAUUGGGUUCAUGUUGAUACAGAUGUUUUUUUUUCAAAUGAGUGAGAACUAGAUUACAUCAUUGCUUGACUUUGUGAUACAAUACCAAGACUUCCUGUAUCAGAAAACUCAAAGAAGCACCAAAACAAAAAUGGUAAGUCUCAAGAAACCAAAAGACUGAUAAAUCUCUUGUCAUGUACAGACAUGAACCAAGGUUCAAUAGUCUUCAAGCUUACAGCAUGUUGUCUCAGUUACAUGUUUUUAUAUGCUACAUGGUGCAUUUUAUGUGUAGUUGUACCCAUUAUGUCAUCAACUAUUUUUAAAAGUGGAUUGAAUGUGGUUAAUGUGGAUUUAAGUGUUCAUGUAUUCAAUUGUUUUUUUUUUUAACUUAUAACUAUAUGUAUUUUAUUCAACUGAAUAUCAUUUGUGAUAUGAAAAGCAUCUCUGUUGUGAUACACUAAUUAUGUGCAACAGUUUACUAGUAUUAAUUGACCAUAAUACAGAUUUUCUUUUGUAAUUUGUGCACCAAUUAUUUUAUUCAUAAUAUUUUAUUUUAUACAGAAAUAAACAGUCCCUCACAGUUUAAAUCAUUAUACAGAAGUUUUAUAUUUAGACAACAGUUUAAAUUAUUUCAGUGAGGUGACUCAUCAACAUAUUGAUAAGAAUGUAUUCUUCCAGUUACUGUAUAAUACUGAGAAAACACUGCCCGAAGCACAUCAUCCAAGAUCUCUACAAUACAGAGAAAAUUACAUUUUUGUCAAACAGCCUAGAAAACUGACAUGUAUCACAAAUUCUGUGAGUCUUGUUGUGAUAUUGGGAUUGGUAUGGGGUGUGAAAUACAAGCCAUGGGAGUGAA